AUGGCUGAUUUUAGAUGUAAAAGUUUCAGUAUCAGAGCAAUUCCAAUAUUGUGUUGAAUUAGAGGAAGGAUGAUCACUAAAAAAUUACUUUUAAAUAGUAAUUAUAAUGUAGCAAUCCAUUAUAUUAAUCUUCUAUUAGAUAUCAUGUUUGAUUUUAGAGUAGUUUUCCAAUUAGAAUUAGAUGUUUUAAUCAAAUGAU